AUGUGUGUGCUGCAUCACGGCCACGCAGAUCAUCACUGCAAAUGCUGGCGACAGCCGCGCGGUGCUUUGCAGCGGUGGAGUGGCGAUCCCUCUCAGCAAGGACCACAAGCCGAACGAUGCCGGCGAGAAGCGGCGGAUCCAGGCGGCCGGCGGCUGGGUGGAAAGCUGUGGGGCGGGGCAGCACCGCGUGAACGGCAAUCUGAACUUGUCUCGUGCGCUGGGAGACCUGGAGUACAAGAAGGACAUCUCUCGUCGUCCUGA